AUGACUGUUGCAGUGGGAGGCGUUGGCGAGGGGGCACACCCGACGUUCCUCAAGGCUCCCAAGGACCUGAGUAUGUUCAACGACGCGGGCAAGUAUGUACUGACGAGCCUGAUGCGGAAGUAUAGGCGCCUCGCGCUGACCGGAGCGCCGAAGACGGUGGACGAGAUGACGGGCCGUGCAGACCCAUCUUUCUGUGGCUCGGCCCAGCUACGUAGGCUUUUGUCUCCCUACGUCCUCAACGCCCGGACGACACCUGCUCUGUCUCCAAAACGUCCCUACGUUCAGGAUGUGGCUCGCGUCCAAGGUGUCACGCCCAUUCCCCGGCCCACUGGUGUGCACUAUAAUACCAAGGACGUUCGCGGGAAGAUGGGCCUUUCUAGCGAGGAGUACUACGCCAUAAAACACGACGUCCGCGCCCUCACUCGCGUAGCUGGCCUCAAUUACCUUGACGACUUUCGUCGACAUGACAAGCAGAAGCUCGCAUGGAUCAGGCGCGAGGCUGCAGCCAGGCACCCGGUUCUCCGGGACUACGUGGACCAGUGGCCGGUGAUGCUGAUGGCGGGAAUGUUCUUGUACGCUGCGAGGGGACAUGCACGCAGGGUCGGCACCCUCCCCCCGGGGCUUCGGAAGAGGGGCGGCGUGCGUGGAGGUCUCAGCGACGCCAAAGCCGGAGCGACCGCUCGUCCUCAAGCCCAAGACUCUGCGCCUGGUCCCCGUGCGCAGGGUCUUCCUCGCAAACUCAUCCUCCGACCCCGUGUCAAGAUGAGAGACACCUUACCCAGCCUGCGCAGCGCGGCAGGCCUCGCACCCGCCACGUUUGUCCAGAUACGGGCCGACGCAGCCAAGCUCGUUGAAACGCUUGAGCUCGACCCCUGGAUCAACUGGACGAAACAAGACAAGGACAAGAUGCAGUCGUUUCGGCGGCAGAUCGCAGAGAAGCACCCGGUUCUCGAGAAGCACGAGGGCCAGUGGCCGGCACUCGCCUUCGCGAAAAUGCACAUAAAAGUCAUCAGGACACGGCUGCGCGAUGGACGGGUGCGCAAGAUGGAUGCACUCCCAAAAGAGACGGACACUUCAUCACGUACCUUGGACAUUUAG